CAUCAGCAUGCGCCUUCCACCGUGUGUAUGGCGCCAUCCAACUACCAGGCGUGUGCAUGUUUGUACUUAGAGCUGACACCAGCAUAGUUGUGAUAUUCCAUUACACACCACUUCUGCCAGAGAUUUCCCAUGGACAUCCAUAGUGCCAGCUCUGUAGUCCUGCAGGCUCUCACUCAGGCCACCAGCCAGGACACUUCAGUGCUGAAGCCAGCUGAGGAGCAGCUCAAGCAAUGGGAGACACAACCGGGUUUCUACUCUGUGCUGCUGAAUAUAUUCAACAAUCACAUGCUUGAUGUAAAUGUUCGAUGGCUGGCUGUUUUAUACUUCAAGAAUGGGAUUGAUCGCUACUGGAGACGCGUCGCACCGCAUGCUCUUUCAGAAGAGGAGAAGUCUUCCUUACGUGCUGGCCUCAUCACCAACUUCAAUGAGCCAGUGAAUCAGAUUGCAACUCAGAUUGCAGUCCUGAUUGCCAAGGUUGCCAGGCUGGACUGCCCUCGACAGUGGCCUGAGUUAAUCCCCAUUCUCCUGGAGUCUGUGAAAGUUCAGGAUGGCCUGCAGCAGCACAGGGCCCUGCUGACGUUCUACCACGUCACCAAGACUCUGGCCUCCAAACGGCUUGCGGCAGACAAGAGGCUUUUCCAGGAUCUGGCGUCUGGCAUCUACAGUUUUGCUUGCUCUCUGUGGAAUCAUCACACUGAUACCUUCCUACAGCAGAUUUGUGCAAGAGAUGAAACUGCUGCCAUCAGUUCCUUGGAAAGAACUUUGCUAUCAUUAAAAGUUCUAAGGAAACUUACAGUACAUGGAUUUGUUGAGCCCCAUCAGAAUAUGGAGGUCAUGGGCUUCCUUAAUGCAGUGUUUGAGAGGCUGAAGCAGUUUUUAGAAUGCUGCAGACAAAUAGGCCCUGACAACACCUGCCGGGAGAAGCUGGAGAAGACUGUUAUACUCUAUACAAAAGUUCUUUUAGACUUUUUGGAAUAUCACCCGUACCCUUUCAUUCCCCUCAUCCAGCGCUCUCUGGAGUUUGCCGUCAGCUACGUGUUCACAGAGGUCGGCGAGGGAAUAACUUUUGAGAGGUUCAUUGUCCAGUGCAUGAACCUCAUUAAAACGAUCGUCAAAAAUGAUGCCUACAAGCCGGCCAAGAACAUAGAAGAUAGCAAGCCAGAAACCCUUGAAGCCUACAAGAUAAAAACGGCAUUCUUCACCUAUCCCACCUUGACAGAAAUAGGCAGAAGACUGGUUUCUCAUUUUUUCUUGCUAACAGAAGAAGAACUCACAAUGUGGGAAGAAGACCCUGAAAGUUUUGCCGUGGAAGAAACAGGAGGGGACUCUUGGAAGUACAGCCUUCGGCCAUGCACAGAAGUUUUGUUUUUGGAUAUAUUCCAUAAUUACAGUCAAACACUGACUCCAGUACUUCUUGAGAUGGUUCAGAAUUUGCAAGGCCCAACAAAUGUGGAAGAUUCUGUUCGCCUGCUGAUCAAGGAUGCUGUUUACAAUGCAGUGGGACUCGCAGCUUAUGAAUUAUUCGACAAUGUGGACUUUGAUCAGUGGUUCAAGAACCAGUUACUGGCUGAGCUACAAGUUAAUCACCAUAGAUACAAGCUCAUACGAAGAAGGGUGAUUUGGCUGAUUGGACAAUGGAUUUCUGUGAAAUUUAAGUCUGAAUUAAGACCCCAGUUAUAUGAAGCCAUUCUGAAUUUGAUGCAGGAUCCAGAUCUUGUGGUCCGCAUUGAGACUGCUACAACACUGAAGCUUGCUGUUGAUGACUUUGAAUUUAGAACGGAACAGUUUUUACCGUACCUGGAGUCCAUUUUCAGCCUGCUUUUCCAGCUGCUUCAGCAAGUGACAGAAUGUGACACCAAAAUGCAAGUCCUCCAUGUGAUUUCCUGUGUCAUUGAAAGAGUCAACAUGCAGAUCAGGCCCUAUGUGGGAUGUUUGGUGCAGUAUCUGCCCCUUCUUUGGAAGCAGUCAGAAGAACACAACAUGCUGCGAUGUGCCAUCCUCACUACGCUUGUUCAUCUGGUUCAGGGGCUAGGAGCUGAAAGCAAGAACCUUUAUCCAUUCCUAUUGCCGGUAAUCCAGUUAAGCACGGAUGUCUCACAGCCACCUCAUGUCUACCUGCUGGAGGAUGGGCUAGAACUGUGGUUAGUAACAUUGGAAAACAGCCCCUCCAUCACACCUGAGCUCCUCAGAAUUUUCCAGAACAUGUCUGCUCUGCUUGAACUCAGCUCUGAAAACCUCAGAACUUGUUUCCAGAUUAUCAAUGCAUAUGUGUACUUGUCAUCAACUGACUUCUUACAGAAUUACGCUGAAGCUCUUUGUCAAUCUUUCUGUGAACUGUUGAAAGACAUAACUACUGAGGGCCAAGUCCAAGUUCUUAAGGUUGUAGAAAUCACAAUAAAAGUGAGCCCCAUGUUGGGUGCCCAUAUGUUCCAGCCCCUGUUGCCUUCAGUAUUCCGUGGCAUCAUAGAUGGAGAGAGGUAUCCUGUUGUAAUGUCUACCUACCUGGGUGUGAUGGGGAGAGUACUUCUACAGAAUUCAAACUUUUUUUCUUCACUGCUCUCACAAAUGGCAGCAGAGUUCAACCAGAAGAUGGAUCAGCUCCUGGGCAGUUUGAUUGAGAUGUGGGUGGACCGAAUGGACAACAUUACACAGCCAGAGAGAAGGAAGCUGUCAUCCUUGGCUUUGCUGUCAUUACUUCCAUCUGACAACAGUGUGAUCCAAGAUAAGUUCUGUGGAAUCAUCAAUAUUUGCGUGGAGGCUCUACAUGAUGUAAUGACAGAAGACCCUGAAACGAGAACUUACAAAGAUUGUAUGCUGAUGACGCAUUUUGAGGAACCCCAACUGACAGAGGAUGAGGAGCCUCCCACUGAACAGGACAGGAGGAAAAAGAUGCUUGCCUUGGAAGACCCAGUCCACAGUGUGUCACUACAGCAAUUUGUGUAUGAAAAGCUAAAAGCUCAACAGUUACUGAUGGGAGACCAGAACUUCCAAGCUCUAAUGGAAACUGUGGACACAGAGAUAGUCCGACAGCUUCAGGAAUUCCUGCAAGGCCUGUAAAGAUGGAUAUGUUGAAAACUGUGCUAAUAUUUUAUGGCUGAACAUUACCAGAGCUCAUAUGUUUAAAUGUUCAUCUUGCUUCCUUGUGUAUUAAUAUAAGGCAUAAAGAGACAAUUAAAUAUGAGAUAACAUAACAAACGAAUGGAAAUAAUGAAGAUAUCUGGAAAUAAUGAAGACAAAGCAGGAACUUUGGACUGUUUGAAUUGAGAAACAAGUUUGUUGAAGUUUGAGUUUUGAAAAAAGCUGGACCAGGCAGUGUUUACAUAUGUAUUAAUAACAGACUAGAAAUGUAAUUUUGUAUUUAUGUAAAGAAUGGAUUUUCUGCAUGUUAGGAUAUUGCUAUCAGCAAAAUGACUUAACUACUGAAAUCAAAGAGUUCUUGGAGACACUUUGCAUCAUAAGUAUAUUAAUGAAAAAUGCUUUGUAUAUGCUUAGCGUUGAUCAUUUCACUUUUAGUAUGUUUAAUAAAAGCAAACUUCAUUCAGAUGCAUCUUAGCUCCUAUAUUGGUUUUCUUAGUGAUUUAUUGGAGCACUAAAACCAAAAAAUGACUCUUAUAAGUUAGUUUUAGAAGGGUUGACAAACAACAUAUGUUGUCAUUAUAGAAGUAGAAGGGAAUGAUUUGAUAAAAGUGAUUUAUUUUGUUUGACUUAAAAAUAGUGUUUCUGUAUAAAAAUACUUGGUAAUCUCACUAAACUAGAUGUAUAUUCACUGUGAUUGAAAUAAGUAGCAGGUAUGAAAAAUAUAUCAACUGAAAAGGCCUUAUGUUAUCAGCCUUACUUAUUUUGAAACCUUUGAGUUGUUUUUUUUUGUUUUAAAUAAGCUUGUUAUUGUACUGAUAUUUUGUUUCAAGAUGAUGAACAAUCAAUU